AUGAUGUGGAGGCUGCAUCUAAUCCCCUCAAACUUACAACCGGCGGUGGUGGUCGUCGUCGUGGCUUUGAUAAUUCUGGCAUGUCCCUCGAUCCAGAAUCCGGUUUCUGUGAAAAAUGAGAUGAGCGCUAAGAAGCUGAUAGUGCAUUGUCGAUCCAAAGACGACGAUAUCGGAUCUCACAUCGUGGAUGUAGGCUCUGAUUUGCACUGGGAUUUCUAUGCGGGGAUGAUGGCGUUCAUCUAG